AUGCAUUUCCUCCUUCCUCCUUCGGGCAGCGGCGCCAGGCCGUUAAAUUGCACGUGGAACAACAACAACAACAACAGAGCCAUCCGUCCAGAGUUCACAGUGGAGGAGCUCAGGUGGCGUAGGUGCCUUCCGGCGGAAGUUUCGGGCUAUCCAUCUGGUACAUGUUUGAAGCUAUACCUCGUCCGGGUCCUCCGCGGUGACACCUUCGAGCGAUGUGUGAAACAGGGCUCGAGAUGCCUACCGCAGCGUGAGGGGCGGGAUCCUAGCUUCAAUAUGGAGUUCUGGGUAUUGUGCCAUGAUGGUGGUAUACAGUUGUCGUACGGGGUGUUCGGUCGGGUAUACC